AUGACUAUAGUGAAGAUGUUCAAUGAUCCUAAUGCUUCUACCAAUUGGGUAAUUCAGAAGUUUGGCGGUACUUCCGUUGGUAAGUUUUCUGUUCAGAUCGUAGAUGAUAUUAUUAAGUAUUAUUCUAGCCCAGAUGGCAUAAACAAAAAUGUUGCUGUGGUUUGUUCUGCCCGUUCUUCAUAUACAAAAGCUGAAGGUACCACUUCAAGACUACUGAAAUGUUGUGAUUUGGCUUCCCAAGAAUUGAAGUUCAGUGACAUUAUCGAAGUCAUUAGACAAGAUCACAUAAGUAAUGCUGAGAAUUUGAUCAAUGACCCUGUUAUUCAAACUAGAUUGGUUGCUGACACCAAUAAGGAACUGGAUUUAGUCGUGAAGUAUUUAGAGGCUUCAAAAGUCUUAGGUGAAGUCUCAACAAGAACAAUGGAUUUAGUCAUGUCAUGUGGUGAAAAAUUGAGUUGUUUAUUCAUUGCUUCACUUUGUAAUGAUAGAAAGUGUAAAGCAAAAUAUGUUGAUUUAUCGAAUGUCAUUCCUUCAGAUUAUCAAACAACUAAUUUAGAUAAUACAUUUUAUACCUUUUUGGUCAAAUCAUUAAAGGAGAAAUUACAACCAUUUAUAGAUUCAAAAGAAAGAAUUGUCCCUGUGCUUACUGGGUUCUUUGGUUUGAUUCCUAUGGGUCUAUUAAACGGUGUCGGUAGAGGUUACACUGAUUUAUGUGCCGCUUUAGUAUCUGUCGCCCUAAACGCUGAUGAAUUACAGGUCUGGAAGGAAGUUGACGGUAUUUUCACUGCUGAUCCAAGAAAAGUACCAAAUGCACGUCUACUGAGCAGUGUCACACCCGAAGAAGCUUCGGAAUUGACAUACUACGGUUCAGAAGUCAUUCACCCAUUUACAAUGGAACAAGUUAUUAGAGCUAAGAUUCCAAUCAGAAUAAAAAAUGUUCAAAAUCCAAAAAACGAUGGUACAGUCAUUUAUCCUGAUAAUGUCGCCAAGAAAGGCGAAGCUACACCACCUCAUCCUCCAGAGGCCUUAUCAUCUUCCUUCUUUGAAACAAAGAGAAGAGGCGCUACUGCUAUUACAACAAAAAAUGAUAUCGUUGUCGUCAACAUUCACUCAAAUAAAAAAACUUUAUCUCAUGGUUUCUUAGCUCAAAUCUUCACUGUUUUGGAUAGAUACAAGUUAGUUGUCGAUUUGAUCUCCACGUCAGAAGUCCAUGUUUCCAUGGCUUUACCUAUUCCAGAUUCUGACUCUUUAAAAUCAUUAAGAUUAGCUGUUGAAAAAUUAAACAGUUUAGGUAGCAUCGACAUUAUCCGUGGUAUGUGUAUCGUUUCUUUAGUUGGUAAGCAAAUGAAACAAUAUAUUGGGAUUGCUGGUACUAUGUUCUCGACUUUAGCAGAACAAGGUAUCAAUAUCGAAAUGAUUUCGCAAGGUGCCAACGAAAUCAAUAUCUCUUGUGUGAUUGACGAAGAUGAUUCCUUGAAAGCAUUACAAUCUAUUCAUAAAACGUUAUUAGAUGAAACUGCAGAAAGACCAUCUUUUGAGCAUGCCGUUGAUGAGAGAUUACAACACAUCAAGAACUUAACUAUAUAG